UCGCACCGAUAUGCGACCGUCGUUCGCAGUGCUGGCAGCCGCCGUCCAGGCUGCCGUGGGCACUGCCUCCACCCUCACUCCACCUGUUCUGCCCUUGAUUGUGAGGAAUCCCUACCUUAGCACCUGGCUCGGCAAUGCGAGAGAUGUUCCAUGGUCCAAAUGGCCCAUGUUCUAUACAGGGGAGGAACUUGGUCUUUCGUUGAUGGCCCAGGUCCCCAGCACCGAUGCCGUUUACCCUCUUUUAGGGAAGCCCCAUGAAGCCCUAUCGGAAUCAUCAAACUUCAAAUUUCCUACGUAUCUUGGGGCUCAUUACGAUGCAUCGACGACUAACCUGACCUACCGGAUUGACUUAAACACCUCAUCACCCUCGUCUCCUGUCGACAUAACCGUUUCCUUUCUGUCCCCGAUCACCCCAACAUCGACUCUGCGGCAGUCGAUUCCCGCUUCCUAUAUCACAAUCUAUGUUCAAAGCGAUGUUACGGUCAAUGUCUACAUGGAUAUCAACGGUCGUUGGGUCAGCGCAGACCCAGCAAGCCAAAUCACCUGGCAGUACGACAACGGGCUAGGCUCUGGCAACAAGCCGACGCUCCAAAGAUGGCGGCUCCAAAGACAGUCACAGUUAUUACUGUCUGAGAUCCGAGAUCGAGCCGAAUGGGGCACUAUUCACUUCACUGCACCGGCGGAUGUUCAAUACCAAUCGGGGCCGGCCCCGUUAGUGAGACGGGCGUUUGCGGCGAAAGGCUCCUUGACAAAUGUCAACGAUGCCACCUUUCGUGCGAUCAGGGAUCGGGAACCAGUCUUUGCCUUCUCCAAGUCCUUCGUGCCCUCUCGUAAAUCAGGACCAGUCAGCGGCAGUGUAACCUUCACCAUUGCCCUGAUCCAGGAUCCAGUCGCCCAGUUCGCCUCAUCCCGUGGUCUCACUCUGAUGCGACCUCUCUGGAAGGCCUGGUUUGGAAAUGUCGAGUCUUUGCUCACCUUCCAUUAUAAGGAUUUCACCAAUGCCGCACGCCUGGCCUCUGAUUAUUCGACCCAGCUAGCCCACGAUGCCUACCAAUCCGGCGCUCAGGAUUAUGUCGAUAUUGUUGCGCUCUCUGCACGGCAAGUUAUGGGUGCGACAACCUUUUCUGGCACCCCAGACGACCCAAUCUUGUUCCUGAAAGAGAUCUCCUCCGACGGAAACUUCCAAACCAUCGAUGUCAUCUUCCCAUCAUUCCCCUUCUUCCUGUACACCAACCCGCGCUGGCUGGCAUAUCUCCUAGAACCUCUGAUAGAACAUAUGCUGAGCGGACAAUACCCUAACACGUACGCCAUGCACGAUCUGGGAACCCACUUCCCCAACGCCACUGGCCAUCCAGAUGGAAAUGACGAGUACAUGCCCGUGGAGGAGUGUGGGAACAUCCUCAUCAUGGGUCUAGCGGUGGUAGACUCGUUGCUCUACGAUAAGGAUUCUGCUGCAUCUUCUAUUUGGUCUGCUCAGGGCGAAUCCACGACUCCAAUGUCUGGCGAAACUGCAGGGUAUUUCCCCCUGAACGAGUUCCAGGUUCUUUCUGGAAUCGACAAGCAAGAUGGAAAGUGGGGAGGCGGUGCGCUGGGACGGAGCCAGGCACAAAAAUGGAUUCAGCGUAGUUACAACCUUUGGACCCAGUGGACUGGCUAUCUGGUAGAGUUCUCUCUAGAACCUGCUAACCAACUCUCUACGGAUGAUUUCGCUGGCUGGCUCGCGCUCCAGACGAAUCUAGCCCUAAAAGGCAUCAUCGGCAUCAAGGCUAUGAGCAAGCUGGCUGAAGUAGGUGGAUACCACGAUGACGUCUCAUACUAUAAGAACAUCUCCGACACCUACAUCGCCAAGUGGGAAGAGCUCGGCAUGUCGCGAGACGGAUCGCACGCCAAACUCGCCUAUGACUGGUACGGAUCCUGGACAACUAUCUACAACCUCUAUGCCGAUGCGCAACUCUGCUUCCACCUCGAAGGCACUAGCCUCGACCCAUCAUCCACUUACCAAGACUACGACCAACAACAGCCGCUCAAGCCACCCAGUCCAUCCGCGCCCACCUCCAGCCCAGGCUUCGUCCCUCAUCACAUCUACACCAAGCAAUCUGCCUGGUACCACAACGUCCGUCAAAAAUACGGCCUCCCCCUAGACAGCCGCCAUCUCUACACGAAAACAGACUGGGAGUUCUUCGCCGUCGCCGUGGCCAGCGAGUCUGUGCGCGCCGAGAUCCUCGAGUCCGUCGCCAAAUGGGUCAACGAGACCAACACAGACCUCCCCUUUACGGAUCUCCAUAACACGGAAGGCAGCGGCGGCUUCCCCGGUCCGAAUUUCUUUGCCCGCCCUGUGAUUGGUGGCCACUUUGCUUUUUUGGCCUUGCAGCGGGCUUGUAAUGGCAGCGCCAUGGAGGGGCUCGCGUUUUUGGAUGAGAUGCAUGAUCGAGGUUGAGAACCUAGUCGAUGUGAAUGGUAACAAGCAUGAGUCUGGCUUUGGGUCUGGCUCUGGCUCUGGCUACGUACGGUUCUAGGGGUGAUGACUUGUAACGGUGGCUCUGGCUGUCUCGUAUUGUAUCUUGUUUGGUUAGAUGUGUGGCUGACUCGUUGGAUAUAUAUAUAUAUAUAUAUAUAUAUCUGGAUCUAUAACUACGUAUGUACGUAUGUAUAUAAGUAUGCAUGUAUGUAUGUGCGGACAGCAUCUCCACG